ACUAAAGUCUCAGCCAGAAGUCCCGGUGUCCGGCUGCCAUCUGUUCACUGCCGGUUGCUGGCGUUUUUUCAGCUGCCUUUCGCCUGAUUCCUCUGAGUCUCUUUCAAACCCUCACGCGCCAGUUUCUUAGUUUUAUCUUCCUCUCUCUUUUCCUCUCUCCUUCCUUCGCAGCUUAACAUGCAGAAAAAAGGCGUCUCCCCUCACGGAUUCCUGCCUAGCUUCCAACACUUCGCCACGCAGGCCAUUCAUGUGGGCCAGGAACCAGAGCAAUGGACCUCCCGAGCUGUAGUGACUCCCAUCUCCAUGUCCACCACGUUCAAACAAGGGGCUCCCGGCAAGCACUCGGGUUUUGAAUAUAGCCGUUCUGGAAACCCCACCAGGAAUUGCUUGGAAAAAGCAGUGGCGGCACUGGAUGGGGCCAAGUACAAUUUGGCCUUUGCUUCAGGUUUAGCAGCCACUAUGACUAUUACCCAUCUCUUAAAAGCAGGGGACCACAUUAUUUGUAUGGAUGAUGUAUAUGGAGGUACAAACAGGUACUUCAAUAAGGUGGCAUCUGAAUUUGGAUUAAAGAUUUCUUUUGUCGAUUGUUCCAAAACUAAAUUACUAGAGGAAGCCAUUACACCAAAAACCAAGCUUGUUUGGGUUGAAACUCCCACAAACCCUAACUUGAAGAUGAUUGACAUUGAAGCCUGCGCACAUACUGUCCAUAAACACGGAGACAUUAUUUUGGUCGUGGAUAACACUUUCAUGUCGGCAUAUUUCCAGCGACCUUUGGCUCUGGGAGCUGAUAUUUGUAUGUAUUCAGCAACAAAAUAUAUGAAUGGCCACAGUGAUGUUGUCAUGGGCUUAGUGUCCGUUAAUUCUGAGAGCCUCCAUGAUAGGCUUCGAUUCUUGCAAAAUUCGCUUGGAGCAGUCCCCUCUCCUUUUGACUGUUACCUCUGCAAUCGAGGCCUGAAGACUCUACAAGUCCGAAUGCAGAAGCAUUUUGAAAAUGGAAUGGCAGUUGCUCAGUUUCUGGAAUCACAUCCUCUGGUAGAAAAGGUUAUUUAUCCUGGGCUGCCCUCUCAUCCUCAGUAUGAGUUGGCAAAACGUCAGUGCACAGGUUGCUCUGGGAUGAUGACCUUUUAUAUUAAGGGCACUCUUCACCAUGCUGAGACUUUCCUCAAGAACCUAAAGUUAUUUACUCUGGCUGAGAGCUUGGGUGGUUAUGAGAGUCUUGCUGAACUUCCGGCAAUUAUGACCCAUGCAUCAGUGCCUAAGAGCCACAGAGAGGUCCUUGGGAUUAGUGACACACUGAUUCGUCUCUCUGUGGGCUUAGAGGAUAAAGAAGACCUACUGGAAGAUUUAGAUCAAGCUUUGAAGGCAGCACAUUCUCCAAAUGCACGUUGAACUUCGCAUACCAAAACUGCUAUUAGAAGUUGCUUCCUGAGAGAUCAUCUAAUCUGAAUAAUUGAAGGGACCAUGAAUGAACUUUUGCAGAAUGUUCAAGUGAAAAUUUUAAGGGACCUCAUUUCCUUUCACAGCUGUAAUUUUCCAGGGAUCACUCCUAUUGAAAACAGUUACCUCUUUCCCUUAUUAUCAUUGACAGAUCAAUUCCGUUAAUAUCUUUUUGUUAAUUUUGGUACCUAUUUGCCUCUUAAGGAGGUAAAAUUUGGGUUGCUUUUUUGGAUUGUGCUUUUUUUUUUUUAAAUGCUUAAGAUUUAUAUUGACCAUGUUUACAGUAUAGUGAUUAUUCACUUUUGAUGUUUUCUCAAGAAUUUAAAUUAUUAAAUGAAUGUUUUUAAAUCAAGUGUGAUUUUUCAUAUUGUUGAAAUCAAGUGUGAUUUUUCAUAUAGUUCUUAAAGCAAUGGUUUGCUCCUAAUUAUGGUAAGCCAAAAAUAAAUUGAUGUAAAGUCUACUGUGAAAUUCUACCAAUUUAAGGCUGUAUUUACUAUUUUA